AUGUCCAACAAAUACAAUGUCCUUGUGGACAUGGAAGAUGCUGCUUAUUCACAGCCUGCCACUAUUGAAAGCGAUGGGCUAGAAUUUCAAGACUUCUCUAGCCAAAACAAAUCUUCUUUCAACCAUGCAUCCGCACCUCCACCUCCUCCAGCAACGGCAGCAGCCUCCUCCAACACUGGCUUUUUCGAUUCCCCUCAACAACAAAGAAGCGCCAUCAGCGGAAAGCCCAUCUGGUCUGUAGAAUACUAUGCGCAGUUCUUUGAUGUAGACACGACACAAGUGAUUGAUCGAUGUGUGAAAUCCAUGUAUCCAGUGGGAGAUUAUGCAGCAGAUACCCUUCAAAAUCAACCUGACCUGUACGGUCCAUUCUGGAUUGCCACAUCAGUUGUAUUUUCCGUAUUUGUCUGCUCAUCACUGGCUGGAUCUUUGGCUGCUUACAUUGCUGGCAAACCGCAUGUGUAUGAUUUCACGCUGUUGAGUUUUGCUGUGGUUGUCGUGUACAUGUACGCAUUCUUGUGUCCUGCGCUUGUGUGGGCUUCUACCAAGUAUUUUGGAUGCCAACCUAGUUUGUUGGAAAUCGUCAAUUACUAUGGCUAUGGCUUGACCAUUUGGAUUCCUGUUUCUCUUUUGUGCAUCAUUCCUUUCGAUUAUGCAAGAUGGGCAUUUGUCGGUGUCGCCUUUGUUGUCACUGCCAUAUUUCUGGUCAAGAAUCUGUACAUUGUCAUCUCUCGAGCAGACGCCAAAACAUCGCGCAUUAUCUUGUUGGCCAUCUUGCUGGCUCACACCAUUUUCGCCUUGGUCCUCAAAAUGGCAUUUUACAGCUACGAUUUCAGACCUGAUGCUGUUUCUCCUCCACCUUCUUGA